AUGGUGAAUUUCUGUAGUGGUUUCAAUUGUAUUAGCUCAAGUGACGUUAGGAAAGACUUGUCAUUUCACAAGUUUCCUCUUAAAGAGAAAGAGAGGCUUCAAAAAUGGGUUCAUGCUGUACGAAGAAAGGAUUUUAAACCUACUUCCAGCUCAACCUUAUGUAGUUUGCAUUUCAAUGAAAAUGAUUUUUAUUCAGCAGUUGUGAGUGGGAAACAAAUGUUGAAAAAAUCUGCUGUACCAACUAUACUUAAUUUUCCAAAUAAUUUAACACCAAAAAUAAAAGAGAGAAGAAUUCUGCAACGAGAAGUCACAGCCACAACAACAGCCGUUCAUCAUAGUGAAAUUUGUGAAACUGGAACCAAUUUUGUCGACAUUGGCGUACAGACAAAAUUAGCAGGAGAAGAAUUAGAUAGAACAUUACAGGAUUUACGUCGAGACAAGAGGAUUUUGCAGCAGAAAUUAAUUAGAAGAGAUAAGCGAGUAAGUAGUAUGCUUGAAAUGUUAAAUUUGUUAAAAAAUAAUCACUUAAUUGGAGAUACUGUUGAAGAUAUAUUUAAGAAGCAAUUUAAUUCUUCUCUACCUUUUGCUUUCUUUCAAAAUGAAAUCGCUAAUGUAAAUAAUGGUUCAAAUCAUAAAUCAUAUUCAGAAGAAAUACGGGAAUUUUGUUUAACGUUGCAUUUUUAUUCACCUCGAGCAUAUGAGUUUAUAAGGCAAAGAAGUACACUACCAGAUCCUUCUACUAUUCGUAGAUGGAUAACAACAAGACAUUGCAACCAGUGGCGUUUCCUGACUUUCGGCGAUAGGCGUUAA